AUGCUCGGCUGCUUCCCCGCCGUCGUGGGCGGCCGGAGGCCCCCCAAGUCACCGCCGUCGGCCCUCCUUAACCUUACCUACGACGACGGCUCCACCUCCACCUCCGUCUCCGUCUCGCCGCCCUCCUCCGCCUCCACCUCCUCCCCGGCCUUCCUCGACGACGACGACGCCGACGCGCAGGCCGACGUCGGCGGCCUGUCCUCCGCCAUCGCGUCCCGCCGCCUCUCCCUCGCGCCCCCCGGCCGCUCCAACUCCAUCGUCGACUCCUCCUCCUCCGAGCACGCCACCGCUCCCUGUCCAUUCAUCCCGUCGCAGGAGGCGGUGCGGAGCGUCACCAUGUCGACGGACGCGCCCCGCGCCGAGUUCCUCAAGUCGAUGCUGGAGAUGGCGGAGGCGCUGGGCCUGGACCCGCGCCGCGGCGCCGACCGCGCGCGCAUGCACGACCUCCUCUUGUGCUACAUCGCCAUCAACGACAGCGACACGCUCAGGGACAUCCUCGGCGCAUUCACCGAGCUCCUCUGCAUCCUCAACGGCAACACCACCGGCGACGGCGACGGCACCAGGACAACGCCACCGUCGACGGCGACAGCAGACAGAGCGACGCAUAGGUAG